GUAAAACGUAUAUUUACGUGUGAUGGCACCGCGAACCAUUGUUGCUUAAACGUAUAUUUACGUAGGAUGGCGCCGAAAGUGUUAAACUUAAAACGUCUUUUUAGCUUCAUGGAAACACCACUGGCUGGAUCGGGAUGGGGUUUUCCCCUAACGGUGCCAUGACUGGAGCUGAUAUGUUCGUAGGUUGGGUGGCGAGCGGUACCGCUUAUAUAACUGACAGGCAUGGAGUGGGAAACACUUUUCCACCAAAAGACACCGAACAGAAUGUCGAACUGUUGUCUGGGUUCGAAUGUGAUGGCUGGACGGUUGUUAAGUUUAAAAGACAACUUGCUGGUUGUGAAAGUGGUUCAGAUUUUACCAUUACGGCCGACACAAUUAAAGUGAUAUAUGCUUAUGGAAACACAGAUCCUACUGGAUCAGAUGUAGUGGGAUCCAAUUAUCAUUCCACGAACAGAGGUGCCAGGAGUCUCAUAUUUCUCAACAAUGGCGGAGCAAGUACACAAACAAUAACAAAUGCAUUGACUUAUGAUAUGUUGAAUGUCCAGUUUCCGUUACCACAGAAAAAAACUUUCUACAGUUGCAAAGUGUUUCAGUUGCCCCGUCUUACUAAAAAGCAUCAUAUUAUAAAGUUUGAAGCUUUGGUCCAGAAAGGACAUGAACUGAAUGUUCAUCAUAUUAUUGUGUAUGCUUGCACCGGAAAUAUCACAGUAAGUUUUAUCUUUCUAAAUAUAUUACUUGAUUUAUCUAACCCAAGUAAAUUAUAAAUCUCGCCAAAUU